CAACUGCAGCACUGCAACCAAGAUGGUGACGACGAUCGUGACGUCAAAGAUGACCUGUGUUGUCGUCACGUUCGUCACAUUUGCCUUUCUCGUUCAAGUAUCUGAAGAACCGUCCGUGUGUACCCAGCCUCAACCUUUGCUCAGAAAAAUAACUGAAAGGGAUGGAGCAG